AAUGUAGAAGCGAAAUCAAGCUCCUCACGCGAGAGUUUAAUAUUAUUUUCUUUCGCCUAUAAAAUAUAGUUAACGAUUUGUACGAUUUUACGAACGACAACCGAGACAUGAAAAUGUGAAAUGCAAACAACGAGUGGCUUUGAAAUAAAACGCUUGAUUGAGUUUAAGCGUUUUCUUUCUUGCAAUCAAACUAAAGCCCAAGCUUACUGUGAAAACUUUAAAUAAACAGUCGACAAAUAUUCACGAUCAAGUUUAAGGUAAACCUUUAAAAACCCAGCCGUACGCCCCCACCCACUCACAAACACACAAUUUACCAAAAUGUUGCGUAACACGCCUUUCGGUGCCACGCCCACCUACAAAUUACUGCUGGGACUUGGACUCUGCUCCCUUGGGGGCGCCAUGCUGUAUGCGUACUUUAAGACUCGAGACGACGAUGAGGAAACGGACUCAAAUGACAGGCGGCAGCAAAUUUCUGGGCAGGAGGCGCCGGCACAGAAGCCCCAAAAAGAAGUGUGCCUCAAAAUCAUCGUGGACAACGAACAUGUGCCCCUAAUAAUGGGACGCGGUGGUUCCAAUAUCAAAUUGAUUGAAGAAAAGACCCAGGCCAAGAUAAGAUUACGAGACAAAGACAAUGGGCACAAAUUCUGCGACAUUAGCGGCCUACCCGAUGCCGUGAAAGCAGCUCGAGUCCUGCUGAUCAAGGAGAUCGAGCGGGCACCUAUGGUUAAGUUGGAACUGCAAGUUCCCCAGAGAUUGGCCAGCAAGCUUAAUGGCCGUGGCGGCGAACUCAUCCAGGAGAUCCGGAGCAGUUCGCUGGCCAAGCUGAAUAUCGAUCCAAAUGGCCGCAAUGGCAAGGCCAAGAUCACAAUUGUGGGCAACCAAAAGCAGGUGAACAUAGCCCGGAAAUUGCUGGACGAUCAGAUAGAGGAGGAUGAGGAACUACUGCGAUCCAUGGAGGAAGUGGAGCAGCGUCGCGAACCCCGUCGAUCGCCAACCAAUAGCAUUGCCUCCUCCAGUUUGUACUCCUCGCAGACAUCCUUGAGUUCGCACACUCAACCGCGGGACAAACUGAUGGCCGCCAAGGGCGAGGGCAAACCCAUGGAGGUGUACGUCUCAGCCGUGGCCUCACCCACCAAAUUCUGGGUGCAGCUAAUAGGACCGCAGUCCAAGAAACUGGACAACAUGGUCCAGGAGAUGACCAGCUACUAUAGCAGUGCCGAGAAUAGGGCGAAACAUGUGCUAACUGCUCCUUAUGUGGGUCAAAUUGUGGCCGCCGUCUUUAAGUUCGAUGAGAAGUGGUAUCGCGCCGAGAUCGUGGACAUAAUGCCCAAUCAGUAUAAUCCCAAGGAGCAGGUAAUUGAUCUGUACUUUGUGGACUAUGGGGAUAGUGAGUACAUCUCGCCAGCGGAUAUUUGUGAGCUGCGCACCGAUUUCCUCACACUUAGAUUCCAAGCUGUUGAAUGCUUCUUGGCCAAUGUAAAGUCCACCAUUCAGACUGAACCCAUAACUUGGCCCAAGUCCUCCAUUGCAAAGUUUGAGGAUCUAACAGAGGUGGCCCACUGGAGGAAGCUGAUUGCCCGAGUGGUGACCUACAAGGAGCGUCCAAAAUCCACCACUGCUGUGAAUUCCGCUGCCAAGGAGGGCACCCCUCUGCCCGGAGUGGAACUAUUUGAUCCUGCCGAUAAUGCCGAACUGAAUAUUGGGGAUCUGAUGAUCACACAGGGCUUUGCCUUGCCCCUGGACGAUUCGUAUCCAUUGCGAUCGCGUUCAUCGACGCCCUCAACUAACAGCGACUCGACAAUUGAGGAGCUGUGCGUCAGCAAUCCAGUGACUCCUCUCACGCCCCAUUCGCCCAUGUCGAUGUCCAUCGAUGUGGACAGCAUUACGCAGGCGGAAGAUGAACAUCUCGCCCAGCAACUGCAACAUCUGCAGCACAAACUCAAUGGAAACAAUAUAGGAACUACUAAUCCAAAUAAACUGACAGCGACAGACCUCGAAAAUGGCAAUAACCACGAUGUCAGCACCACAAAUGGCAGCGGCACGCAUUAGGAAUCCACAUUGUUACUAGUUACCCUCGCCUAAUUGUUAAUAAUAUUAAGGCUGGAUGAGCAGCUCACUUCUUGACGUGUACAUAAAAGUAUAGCUCUUAAGGAACUUAUUAUAUAAGUACAAAUGAAAACUGUUUAAUUUAUCGCCGUGACUGAUCGACAUAUCCUAGAUCCUAAAAGCUGACGAUGGACCGACCGGCACAGAACCUUAAUUGUUUAAAGCAAGCUUUGCCAUGUUACUUAUUGUUAGCAAGAACAAGAAAAACAUUUGUACAUCCACAAAAAUCACAAAAAUUAAGCGAAAGAAAUGCAUUUUAUA